AUGGUAAACACUAGUAAAAUCCAUUGUUUAGCUAGCCAACAGCAGAUGGUGGCAGUAGCUUAUUUCAUAUGGACCAACACAGCUAUUGAAAUAUUGGACCAAGCUGUCGAUGGUUUAAGCUACAUGAUUGACAUUGUAGGCACACUAUACAGCCGCAUGCAAAACAAAGCGCUUGCAAUAGCUUUCUAUUUUGAUUUAAAGCAAUGUAUAACUAGUUCUCUCAGCCAUCCUUUAGUGUCUGACCUUUAUCUUUCCAACUCUUACUUACUCCAGCCUUCUGCGCACUCCAACCCUUUGCGCAUCUCCUCUGCUUUGACCUGUUUGUUGUCGAGGCCGUCCAUCAUUUCUUCUUCCUCCACCAUUCCAACUACAUUACCAAUCCAGUCUCUAUGUUCUGCAUCAUCGCCUCCAAAAAACCUUCCGCCGCCGUUUACCUCCGCUGGGCUAGUAGUAACCAGCAAGAAAGACGCUGCUUCAACGGGCUUGCCCUUGACGGGCACAGUUCACACUCAGCCCAAUGCUGAUUUACUGGCGCAGCUCUUUAGCUCGCAUACCUCGUCGCUUUCCUCUGAUAUCUACUUGAACUCUCUCAACACUGGCCCUAUAGGCCUCAACCCUGCUUCCCAGUUGCCCUGUCUGUCUGGCUCUGCUCCGCCAUUGCCGAUAUCUACAGGGUUUUCUUCCGCUUGUGAAUCGUCGUCUCAUGGGAUGGUUUCUGCCGAUUGUACGGAUCUAUCUGUUGACAAUCUGUCGUCGUCCACACUUCUCAUGCAACUUUCUCCUGCCAACCCGAAUCUUGAUGAUGCAUGGCAGUCUUCUGUCUCUGCUAGUCUUCAACAGCCGUCGCUGAAUCACUUUGCUCUUUCUUCAAAUUCUGUUCUCCCUUCCCCUGCUUUGACCCUGCACCCGCACUCUGCAUCACCCCUACUGUUUUUGAAUGCCCAAUCAGCAUUUGGAUUACAAUCAAAUCUUGCACCCCGUGCGGCCGAGUCUUUAUCCGCAUUUACUCCCUCCAAUGCGGACUAUGAGUCUGCCAUGAUACAGCAAUCUCCGUAUCUAGAUUCUGCUAGUACCGCUUCUCUGUUUUCCGUUCAUAACCCGCUGUCUGUAAUUGACACCUCCAAUCCUUUGGUUUCGGGAACUGCUUUGGAUUGGAUGUCUCCCGUCUCCAUGUCUCGUGAUGGAUCAUCUCUUUUUUCGCAUCCAGCUCUAAUCAAGUCUUCUCCUAGCACUCCCCAAGUUGGGUUUCCUGAUGCUCUGCGAGCCUUUUCUUUUGCAUAUCCAUCCAACGAUGCUUAUUCCUCUGGAGCUGCUGCUUUGUCAAAGCCAUUUGGUGGUGAGCCUGGCUCUUUUGGAACCGCCGCUGUUAUUGCUGCCGCUACAUCCAAGCCACGUUUGUUUGCCAAACUCGCUCCUGCUGAGCCAUUACUCGCUCUUCAGGCCGCUCUUCGAUCUGAUCAGCCCCCUAUAACUCCCAAAGUUUCUUCUUCAAUUUCAGCUAAUCCACGUAAGCGCAAGGAGCGUACUAUGGAUCGUGAUGAGCUGGUUGCCGAAAUUGAAGAUAAGCGUCGUCGUAAUACCGAGUCGGCUCGUCGCUCUCGUGAGCGCAAGGCUACUCGUCUUGAAGAGCUCGAGUCUCUUACUUUGGUUCAACAGGCACGUAUUGCCGAGCUUGAGGCAAUGGUACAAUCUUUAAAGGCGGACAAUGAGCGCCUUAAAAUCUCAAACUGACUGGCAUUGAUAAAUUAUUUUUUGGGUCUUGCUCGUAAAUAUCAUUUUGUCAAUACCUUCAUAUCUACAAUACAUUUCAUCGGUGUAAAGGGCCUGGUCUUAUUUUGUUUAGUAGGAAUCCAACUUUAACGUAUGGCUAAAUAAAUUUUUAUUUACAGUCAU